GCAGUUGCAAUGAUGCAGCACACAGCCCCUCGGUUGGUCGUUAGUAUGUGGCCAUACUCCGUGAGAUUGCCAGGUACACAGCUGCAUAACAAGUCACCCAGCCACAGAGCAGUGUCACAUGGUCGCCCGGUUGGAUGGUCUGGUAGGCUAUAGUUGCUUCAGUGGUCCGUCAUGCUUGAUUGUGCAGCGCGGCUUGUGCGUGACAGUACCGAAGCAGCGAUGCAGGGAGCAUGGAUUUCAAAAUGGCUUUGUCGUAAGGCGGUGGAUAAUCUGUCACCGUAUCGUGACCGUCGAUUUGAAGGAACGCAAGAAGAGUUUGAGGUAGCACUGCGCACCUCAACCACUGUGUAUGUUGGCAAUUUAUCAUUCUACACAACGGAAGAACAAAUCUAUGAGGUGUUUUCCCGGACGGGUGAGAUCAAACGGAUAAUUAUGGGGCUUGAUAAGAAUACAAAGACACCCUGCGGUUUCUGCUUUGUAAUAUAUUACACUCGCGAGGAUACUGAAGACUGUGUGAAAUACAUAAGCGGCACAAUUUUGGAUGAUCGACCGAUCCGAGUGGAUUUUGACUGGGGCUUCGUCGAGGGCCGCCAGUUUGGCCGAGGGAGAAGUGGAGGCCAGGUUAGGGACGAGUAUAGGACGGACUACGAUCCAGGACGAGGAGGGUUCGGGAAAUUAGUCCAGUUGGAGCUGACUGCGAGACAGCAGAUGAUCGGCGACUAUGGGCAGCAGGCACCCUUGCUCUCUCUCUAUCCAGUUGCAGUUCCUCAUGCACAAUAUACUGGCCGCAAACGAAGCAGGGAAGACUAUCCAUCAGAAGGAAGUUCCAAGCGCCCACGCGGAGAUGAUAACCGUAUGGGGAGAAACCCAAGGUUUAGGGAGAGAGGCGAUUCAGAUGAUGAGGACAGCAUGAGACAUUGACUAUCUUAGGCGGCAGCGGCAAAUAGAUUAGCAACCAUUCAUUCUCGAGAAAGUUACACAGCAGAUGUGUGCAUGGAGAGAGAGAGAGAGAGAGAGAGGGAGAGAGAGAGAGAUAGAUAGAUAGAUAGAUAGAUAGAGAGAGAGAGAGAGAGAGAGAGAGAGAGAGAGAGAGAGAGAGAGAGAGAGAGAGAGGUGGUUCCCAGCAGGAAGAUUGAGCAGAGGGAGCAUGGAGCAAGAACAGAAAUGUUGAUUAAUCAAUGGUAUUGACAUGGAAGACUCUUGUGUUGAUUGGCGACAGCAGUUGGUUCAUUGAUGAUGGUAUUGGCAUGGAAGAUGCACUGAUAUACCCAUGAAGACGGGGGGUUGACUUCUCUCUGCUUUUGUUCUGGUCAUCUCCUUCAGACCAGGUUUGCUCCAAUACCCCAUUUCCUCAUUUAUUCCACUGGGUAGUGCUGUUACGAAGAACACAAACCUCUCUUUGUAAAAAGUUGAGUAGAACUUUUUUGAAGGGUGGAUGUCAACACGGUGAACAUCAGCACUCUCAGACAGAUCAUCCUUACGCGUUAUGAGGGCCAGUCUCUGCCAUCACACUCGUCAGCGAAGCGUUAUGAUGCAGGUUAUCUGACACUGUUCCUUGCUAGAACCCCCAGGUAGUUGCAGAGGGUUCAUUUUUUCCUACAGGGCGUUAGCAGCUAGCCACAUACUCUUGAGUUCCUGAUCCCAUAGGCCCUCCUUCCACAUCCAGAACUGAGUGAUUGGAUGUUUUGGUCAUUCUCCAUCCAGCAUAGGAGUGGUUGCAGUUUCAACGUCUUUGACGAGGUUCUGGUGUCUGCGCUGUGUUCUCUUAUUGGCGUCCCCUUCUUCUUUUGCUCAUCCUCCAACACGAUUCAUGUCAGAUAUAAAUAUCGACGUUCAUCUUCGCCGGGGACUGGGGUCAAUGACGUGGAACUCCUGACUUUGAAAGUGGCAGCUGGCUGGACAGAGCUGGGAAGCUGUGGUAGGGAAAGGCUCCUUACUUCGCAGUUAUCACACACAGUCCUCAUCUUCUAGGUUCCUUGUUGUCUUGCUUCACGGAUUUCACGGCUCUAGGGUUGCCGUCUCCAUGUGUGCAGAGGGAAUGUUUCUGUUUCUCAAUUGUUCCCGCUUCGGAAUAUUCUCUUUCGUUGUUGUUUUUUUGUGUUUGUGUCUUGUGGUGCUUUGGACUUCACAGAGAGUCCUUUUGUGCAGUCCUGUGCACAUAGUUCCAAGGCUGGCGCAUCUGGGACAGCUAUGGAAGUUUUGAAGUUUUGCAAGAGAGUCGGUCGCUUUCCCAGUUGCGCUGGCCACUGCCAAAGUCGAAUCUGACUAUGUGAUGCUCUGCAGAACAUUUACACUACACAACAGUUAAGCUGGAAGGUGUGAAACAUCAAGCUUAAACCAGAAGGGUAAACCCUGACCAGUCAGGAGGCAUUAUGUCGUUAAACUAGUCGAUUGGCUAAACCGGCAUUCUGAUUACCAGCCUGCAGCGGCUGGUGGUGGUUUGUUUUGGCUUUUGUCUUGGGAGUCCAGGACGGAGAUUGUUGCCUCGUGAAGGGUGGAAAUUCGUGUACUUUGAAAAACUAUACAAGUGUGGGAUAUCCUUCAAAUGAAAGGUAAGGACUUGGAAAGUGAGAGUGAUGUCAGCUGUUUGGAGUUUGCUGCAAAUGGGAGGUUCCACUGUUCCGCAAUUGCUUGAUCUUCUCAGCACUUGCAAUUCGUGAAGUUGCGAUCGCUGCUGCUUUUUUUUUUUUUUUUUGUCUUUUCCCUGCCGUUCUUCUCUUCCCCCUUCCAGUAUAGGCACAUUUUAUGGGUGUGUUGGUUCCGGCUUUCUUAAUCCUCGCUGGAAAGGUGCCUCGGGGCAUACUUCGCUACGAAUUUC